AAGGGUUGUUCUCUUUUGUGCGAUGCCCUGGAAAAUCGUCAGCUGGAACGUGAACGGAAUCCGAACGUUGGUAACUCCGAAAACGCCGUUGAGCAAAUGGCUGAACGAUUUCGACGCCGACAUCGUCUGUUUCCAGGAGACGAAGAUUUCUCGAGAAGCAUUGCAGGAAGAGAUCGCCGUGGUUCCUGGUUACACAUCGUACUUCGCCUUUUCGCAAACGAGAGUCGGAUAUUCUGGUGUUGCAACUUACUGCAAGUCAAGCACUGCAACCCCAACAAAUGCGGAAGACUGUUUAACAGGUUGGCAGAGUAAUUCGAAUAGCGUCAUUGGAUUCACUGCUUCAGCGAGUGACGACAAUUUAUCCUCUGGAGGUCUGAGUUCGCUGGAUACUGAAGGAAGAUGCGUUCUGACGGAACACUUGAUUUCGGAUUCGCUGACGGAUGAAAAGAAGAAGCUCUUCGUUUUCAACGUGUAUGUUCCAAGGGUUGAUUUCGAGGAGAACCCGCCCCCCAGGCUAGAUUACAAAAUGGACUUUUUGCGAAUUUUGCUACAACGAGCGAAAAAGAUGACUGCAGCCGGACAUUGUGUGAUCAUCACUGGCGACUUGAACGUCUGUAUCAGCCCUGAAGACCACUUUGACCCUGGUGAUAUCAAUGAUUUUUACAAAGAUCGACCUGAUCGGCAGUUAUUGAAGAGCUCCCUCCUAAACUCAGAAUUAUCCGGAGACGGAUUCCUCGUUGAUUCCUUUCGGAAAAUGCAUCCGGACCGGAAGAAUGCCUACAGUUGUUGGCACACGAAACUUGGCCUGAGGAGCAAAAAUUUGGGAACGAGAAUCGACUUUGUCCUGACAGAUUUGGCAUCUGCCAAUCUUUUGGCAGGUGCUGACGUUUGCCCACACGUCAUGGGCUCUGACCAUUGUCCAGUUGAAACCAGUUUUUCCAGUUCACUCCACGCCUCCGUAGUUUGUCCAGCCUUGGCCACGAAACUCUGGCCCCAGUUUGCCCGAAAGCAGCAAAAACUCACCGACUUUUUCGCCCGUGGGGAGAAGAAUUGUGUUGCGUCUGUCGUGCAGAAACGCGAAAAGGCGAAGAAAUGUAACAAUUUGAUUUCGAGCUAUUUCGUGAAGCGGCAGAAAGUGACGGACUCCGGCGAAUUUGUGAUUUCUGAAUCGGCCUCACAAGAAGUGGAGCGAGUUAUAGAAGAUAUUGAGCAGGAAUCGUGUUCUCCUCCGAUUCGAUCCGAAAUUUCAGUAGAAACGAGCCGAAGUGGGAAUGUUUCCAAUUCUUGGAAGUCCCUUUUGACUGGACCACCCAAGUGCAAACACGGGUUCGUGUGUGUUCGACGCGUUGUCAAAAAACCUGGGCCGAAUUUGAAGAGAGAAUUCUGGAGUUGUCCAAUUAUGCCGGUCGAGGAAACUGAGUUGAAUGAGUUGUGGAGACAUCUAGGCGAUGUAGAUGAAGCAAAAUCCUCGGCUUCUGCUGCAACACUGAAGACAUUGUAUCUGAAGAGGAAAUUAAAGCUGUCGGAAAUCGUUUCUGGGGUCAUGGUAGUUGUUCACAGUCAGAACAGGAAUCCCAUGGGUGCCAUUCUGAUGCUGUUGGAAGUUUUAUCUGUAGCUGAUGAUCUCUCCGAAGUUUGGUCACCCAACAGAGAACUUGAAGACCUUCGAAGUUCAAAAGUGAAGUCAGCAGUUAAUCCUUUGGUUGCUUUGGUGCUUCAUAAACCGAGCUGCGGUCAUGCGAUUCUUUCUGGAGCCGAUUAUUUUUAUCGUCGAACCGAUUGUUCCAAGCUAUGGGGUCUAUUGUUGGAGCUGUUCAAGUUUGUAUUGAACGAUAAAGGGACGACUCAGGAACAUUUCCUUUUGCAGAGAGAAGCUUUUCUCAUUUUGGCCAACAGAGGUGCGGACUUUUCGUACCGAGACGUUUACGAGCUGCUGAGAAAUCAUGUCUGGAUCAGAAAAAAGCUGUACAAUGAUCAAGAUCUUGAAGCAGCUGCAGACAAACUAGUUUUACUCCUGCAGCGAUUCCCUUCAACUACUGUGUGGAAGUCUUCGGAUGAUGACAAUAUUUUGCCAAUUUGUUGUGCGAUUUUGUGGGAAUCCUCAAAAAGCACGUCGAAUGCAAUAUUUUUACCGAGACUGAUGACUGUGCUGAACACUGUUGUCACUGAAUUGUCGCCUGCGUACCAAGCCUUCUUGUGGCUUUUCCUCUGUGUUUUUCUGCCCAUCUGUCCUAUUUCUUUGUAUGAAUCAGCCAUUGAUUUGGAUCCCGACUCCAAAUUUGCGAUCCGAAUCUAUUGCCACUCGGAUGAGAACGGCUUUCUCAUCGUUCGUCAUCCAUUCCUGAGCAAUAUCCUGCGAGUGCAAACCUGGUUGACGACUGACGGAUUUGACACUAAGUCUAAAAGCAGCAGAAAGAAUGCUGAAGACGUCGUUAUUCAAACUGCGAUGCUUGGAGAAUUUUUGGCACUCGACGAAGAAAACUCGCGUAUUUCUGCUUUUGGGAUGAAUCACGAAGAGCUGCUGGAGGCGUUGGUGGAUGCAGGUGAAAAGGAUCCUGUUGCAGCAGUGCGCAUGUUGCCUGUGUUUGUGGCCACUCUGUCGUUCAAGACGCUGGGCAGCAGGGCCAUGUCGAGUGCGCUUAAACUCAGAGUUAUGCAGGUUUUGCCCAAGUGGGCUGUGCACAAGGCAUGUCUGAAGCCGUUGCUGAACUUGAUUGCAGCCAUGAGAAGUCAGUCGGGUUUGGAGGUGAUGGCCCUGCGCAUGAUGCACGAAUUGUGGAAAGCCGAUGAUCGGUGUUUCGGAGAACUGGAAUCGAUGUUGGUUCAAUCCAAGAACGACUCAGCAGCUUGGGCCAUUGCUAAAAGUUGCUUAGUCCGAGACAUCUGUUUGUCCAAGGCAAAUAAAUUUGGCAAUGCUUUCUUGGGACUUGUUGUGGACACCAUCAAAGCACCGUCCGGGUUGGAAAUUCAUGCGUUAUGCGCUUUGGAUGCAGUUGGUGCCUUGUGCAAAGAGAGCGUUGUUGAUUUGCAAGAUGUGUUUGAGAUCUUGACGAUUCUUGCGCAUGCUGAAACGAGGUCGCUUGUAAUUUCCAAAAUUGGGGAAGUUAUUCAAUUGGCUGCUGACGUGGAAAGAACGAGCAGAAAAGCGAAUCUUUUUGUGACUCGUGUUCUCAAUUGGCUGUGGGACCUGACUUGUGGUACUCAAGUACAUCUUGUUAAUAUGGCUUUGAGAACGCUCGGAAAAUUCUCGCCUACGGAUUUCAAACUGUCUAUGGUUCCCGUCAGUUUCCGAUCCCGAGCGGAAAUUAAGGAAAGGAUUUUUGACGAACAAGAGGAUUUUGUUUCGGGUGCUCACAUCCUGAAAAUGUUCGAGGAACUGAAUGAGAAGAGUUUUCCUGCCAUGGAGGACUUGGUGUUAUCCAUGACCGGACACGAGAUGAGAAACAUGGGCAAGAGAGCUUACACGAUGGGCAUGAAUCUGGCAGCGACUAGGAGAAACCCGGAAAACCCCGCGGGAGAACCCAUGGAUUACAAUUAUUUGGACGAGAAAAGCCUGCUCAAGUGGGUAAUUCGUUAUCUCAUCGAAGAGUCUAGAAAGGAACGCACGGAUUCCGGAAGCACGAUUUUGAUUUGUUUGGCGGCUUUGAAUCAGACGGAGUUUUUCUCUGGCACUCGAGGACUCCCGCCGUUAUUCUGGCCGAGGAUUUUACGGCCAUUGGCAAGGCUACCUGAAUUGCUGUGUGCUGUUUUGGAUUUGGUCGUGGAAGCAAUGGUUGUGCUGAGAAGGAGAUUUUCAGACGUUGUGGUUGCUUUGAACGUGACUGAAUAUGAAGAGAACUCAUUGGCGGGUUUUCUCGAAUUUCACUUCGAAAAGCCACUUCAAGACCAUGGAAAGAAGCUAACGGAUGACUGGUUGACAGCGUUUCGAGAUUCACUGACGGACAAUCGAGUUUCUUCUGAAAAUAAAGCCUUUAUUGCCGAAUGUCUCGUGAAGCAAGUGAAGAAGUUCUCUGCAGAUCAUUCGACUUUUAAUAGGACGUUGCUGGAAAUCCCGCCGGAUUAUUUCCUGGCCCUUGUGGAAGCUGGCGACGGAGUUGACUUGAUGAAGGCUGGCAUUUUGCGUGCAGAAAUGGUGAAGAGAGCUGUUGCUCAUGGGAUCAGUGACACCAAGUUUGAAUCGAAUCCAUUGCGUUGGAUGUUCAAGCCGAUUGAUUGGCUCAUUGAUGGAACUGUGGAUGAUGAAAAGACGAUCCAAGAUUUUCAGAAUCUCAUAAACGAUACGAUUAGAGGAGUGCAACAGGCGUCUUUCCGGAUGCAAUGGGUGUCUCAUCAGGUGGAUCUUAUUCUUCAAUGCGACACGAAUGAUCCUGAAGCAUUCGCCAAGGAAGUACGAAUUCGAUGGGAUGUAGUCAUCAAGUCAGUUAUAACUUUCGGAGAUUUUGAGCAUUUGUUGGCUACUUGCUUGAAGCAUUCGGAUGUGAGCAUCAGUCAGGAGGAGAAAAUUCGAAUCACGAUGCAUGUGUUCGCCUUGUGUAUGAGCGACCUCUAUGUGAAUCCGAUUUGGGAACCGGUUUGCGCAAAAAUGCUCGCCAUUGCGGAGGGAAAUUUUGUGAACGCGUUUCUCCCCGCGUUUCAGGGAUACAUUUUUUACCUCGCUGAAGCGUUUCGAUAAUUCAUGAUUUUGUACGUAUUUCAGAAAUUAAAAUUGAAUUUGAAAUGUG